AUGUCACUGGAGGGCUCAAAGUAUGUGUGGGUAGAGUUGGAACCCGUGUGGGGAGGUGCGGCUGGCCCGCACACGAAGCAAGAGCCUGAACUUACAGAAAAUGUGAAGACAGAGGUUAAAUCAGAACCCGAGGAAAACAUGUGUGUUAGCGAGACAGCCGGGGCCGGCUUAUACUUGAAGCAUGAGCAGCCUGAGAGCGCACAGAACAUAAACCAUGCGGUACCAGAGGUUAAGGCAGAACCCAAGGACAUGUCUGACAGUGAACCAGCUCAAGCCAGCUUGUACAGUCACAUAGACCCUGAGGUGAAGGCAGCACUUAAGGCAGAGGAUCAAAACAUGUGCGGUAACAGCGCAGCUACCAUACAGACUGGCUUGGAGCAUAAGAGCGCAUACACCAGUCAGAUAGACCAUUUGGUGAUGGCAGACGCUGAGGCAGAGAGAGAGAGUCUGUGUAGCGUGAGCACGGUGGCAGAGCAGGCACUGUAUCUUAAGCAUGAGAUAAAAGAUGGACUAGUGGUCGGCCCCGAGGUAUACCAUAGAGCAUCAUUUGACUUGGCAAUUAUAAAUCCUGUACCAGAGAGAAGCUGCGCAGUCAGACUGGAGCGCAUGCACAUAGACAUGGAGCGCUGUGUAUGCAGGAUCGGAGGCAACAUGUACAAGUUCCAACUGUGUAGUGAACAAGAAAAUGAUACAACAGACGAAAGAUAUUCUCGGCGCAGCGCAGGUGAUGUAGACGAGGAGCUAUACAAAUGUCAAUCUUGUAGCUUCACCAGUGUCCAUAAACAUUAUAUAAGAGUUCAUAAAAACAUCGCCCACGCCAACGAGAAAACGUGGAAAUACAAACAGAGAAAAAACAUUGAAAAGAAACCCUACCAAUGCAAGCAAUGCAGUUACGCUUCCAACCGCAAGAUCGGACUGUCAAUUCACAAAAAGGUUCACAGUAAGGAAAAAGCCUUAAAAUGCAAUCAAUGCGAUUACGCUCACGUUCGCAAAUACGAAUUGGAAGUUCACAUAAACACCGUGCACGGGAGUGAAAAAGUCUACAAGUGCGACCAAUGCAAGUUUGCCACUGUCCGCGAAGACAUAUUCCAAUCUCACAAGAAGAUGCAUACCAAAAAUAUUCCUUACAAAUGCGACGAGUGUGAUUUUGCUACUAACGUGAAAGAUUAUUUAGAAGCUCAUAAAAAGACGCACAUUGUUGAGAAACCAUACAAGUGUGAGCAAUGCGAUUACGAUAGUGCCAGCGAAACCCUUUUGGGAAUCCACAAAAAUAUGAUGCACGGCGCCUUCGCACAAAAGAUGAGUAACGGGAAAAGAAGAAAAACAAGAAGAAAACAAAACAUAUGAUACA